AUGCGCUUCUCUAUCUCUAUGUUUCUUGCUAGCGUCUAUGUACGCACCUCCUUUGGUGGUACUCUCGAAGUUAUCGACUAUGAUGGCCAAUGCCUUAUAUGGUCUAAGGAUAACCAUGGCUGCACUGGAUAUUCUGCAUCUUUUGCCAAGCUCGACGGAGAUGACUGUUCAAAGUUGAGCGAAGUCAUAAAUGGUGUCCGCAAAGACUACUCUGUGCUUAACGUGGACGCUUGCGGCACGGAAAAUGGUCUACCAGCUGCAUCGAUCGAGGUGAAACAGACUGGGCUGGUCACCUUCUUCAAUCAGAAUGGAGACGAGUCGUCGUGUACGCUGAGUAACGGAUUGAAGGUUGGCAGCUUAUGCACUGCGUCCGACUAUAUAUCCGAGCCUUCCACGAAGUCAUCCUCCGCUCUGGUUUCACCUACAGCUCUGGUUUCACCUACAGCUUCGUCGGCUCUGAAUCCGUCCUCUAUUUCCCUGCUAACUGUAUCUACUUGUGGUUGCUCGGCGGUCUGA